AUGGAAGAUAUGUUCUUCUCUCUAGCUUUGCUCCUUUCAUUUCUUCUUCUUGCCUUCAACUUCUUCUUACGAAGAAGCACACAACACAGAAACCUUCCCACAUCCCCAUUUGCUCUUCCAAUUAUAGGUCAUCUUCAUCUUGUCAAUCUUCCCCUCCAUAGAUCUCUCCAUGCUCUUUCGCAAAAAUAUGGUCCAAUCAUUUCUCUCCGAUUUGGUUUCCGUCGAGUGAUAGUUUUAUCAUCGCCGUCCAUGGUGGAAGAAUGCUUCACCAAAAAUGACAUUGUUUUCUCCAAUCGUCCUCCCUUAACCAUUCUCAAGUACGUUACUUACAAUUGCACCACCCUUGGAACAACCUCAUACAGUGAUCACUGGCGCAAACUCCGCCGUAUAGGCACUCAUGAAGUAUUUUCAUCGAAUCGUCUGAAUGUAUUCACAGGCAUCCGGAGGGACGAAAUAAAGAUUUUCAUGAACAAACUCUAUAGUGUCUCGAGCCAUGAUUUUGCUAAGGUAGUGUUGAGACCAAUGCUCAUGGAGCUAACCUUUAACAUAAUGAUGCGGAUGGUCGCUGGGAAGCGAUACUACGGCGAGGAAGUGACUGCAAACGACAAGGCAGAGGCAGAGGAAUUCAGAGAGAUGAUAACGGAGAUGUUUAAAUAUACUGGUGCCUCAUAUCUUGGAGAUUUCUUGCCUUUUUUGAAGUUGAUUGACUACCAGGGUUUUUUGAAGAGAGUGAAGAGACUUGGCAAGAGAACUGAUAGAUUCCUGCAAAAUCUCAUUGACGAGCAUCGUUGUGCAAGUCAUGAGAGAAAGAAAGAUACCAUGAUUGGCCAUCUUCUUUCCAUGCAAGAAUCACAACCAGAAUAUUAUACAGAUGACAUUAUCAAAGCCCUAAUUCUGGAUGUCAUAUUUGGUGGUACCGAGUCAGCUGCGGUAACAUUAGAAUGGGCAAUGUCGGAUCUACUCAAUCACCCAGAAGCUAUGGAGAAAGUAAAAAAAGAACUGGACAUACAUAUUAGUGAAAACAGCUUGAUGAAUGAAUCUGAUAUUUCCAAGCUCUCAUAUCUUCAGAAUAUCAUUACGGAGACCAUGAGAUUGCAUCCACCAGGUCCAUUGCUUAUUCGACAUUUAUCAUCUCAAGAGUGCAGUAUUGGAGGAUACCAUGUGAAACCCAAUACAAUGCUGAUUGUUAACGCAUGGGCUAUACACAGGGACCCUGAGGUUUGGGACGACGCAACUGGGUUUAAACCUGAGAGGUUUGAGAGCAGUGCAGGUCAAGGUUCUGAGGUUUACAAGUACAUGCCAUUUGGCUUGGGAAGGAGGUCGUGUCCUGGAAUGGGUCUUGCAAAUCGUGUUAUGGUGUUUGCUUUGGGGUCUAUGAUUCAUUGUUUUGAAUGGAGGAAGGCAAGUGACCAGAAAAUUGAUAUGUCUGAAGGAUAUGGGCUCACCAUGCCAAUGGCUAAGCCAUUGAAAGCAAUGUGCAAGGCUCGUAAUGUCAUGACGAAUAAGCUAUCUUCUACUCUCUGAAGCAGAUUAAUAAAAUUAUAUUGACAUCA